CCUCUCUAGCCAGGCUGGGACUCGGUGGCGGCGCCGGGCUGCACGUCCCGACACCUCUUCCCAGAGCAGACUGAUCGGGCUACGUCUGGACCCCUCCCCUGCCCCCAACGCUGAGCCGACACCAUGCAUGGGCGCCUGAAGGUGAAGACGUCCGAAGAGCAGGCAGAAGCCAAAAGGCUAGAACGGGAGCAGAAGCUGAAGCUCUACCAGUCAGCCACUCAAGCUGUCUUCCAGAAGCGGCAGGCUGGCGAGCUGGACGAGUCAGUGUUAGAACUGACAAGCCAGAUUCUGGGAGCUAACCCUGAUUUUGCCACCCUCUGGAACUGUCGCCGAGAAGUGCUCCAGCAGCUAGAAACGCAGAAGUCCCCUGAAGAGUUGGAUGCUCUUGUGAAGGCAGAGCUCGGCUUCCUAGAGAGCUGUCUGCGUGUGAACCCUAAGUCCUAUGGCACUUGGCACCACCGCUGCUGGCUGCUAGGCCGCCUGCCUGAGCCCAACUGGGCCCGGGAGCUGGAACUCUGUGCUCGCUUCCUCGAAGUCGAUGAGCGGAACUUUCAUUGCUGGGACUAUCGGCGGUUUGUAGCUGCUCAGGCUGCCGUCGCCCCAGCAGAGGAACUGGCCUUCACUGAUAGCCUCAUCACGCGGAACUUCUCCAACUACUCUUCCUGGCAUUACCGCUCCUGCCUUCUGCCCCAGCUACACCCUCAGCCAGACUCUGGCCCACAGGGACGCCUCCCUGAAAACGUACUGCUGAAAGAGCUGGAGUUGGUGCAGAACGCCUUCUUUACCGACCCCAAUGAUCAGAGUGCCUGGUUCUAUCACCGAUGGCUCCUGGGUCGGGCGGAGCCCCAGGAUGUCCUGCGCUGCCUGCACGUGAGCCGGGAUGAGGCCUGUCUGUCCGUCUGCUUUUCUCGGCCCCUAAGAGUGGGCUCCGGAGUGGGGACCUUGCUCCUCAUGGUGGAUGAGGCCCCUCUGAGAGUAGAGUGGAGGACUCCAGAUGGCAGGAACCGGCCCAGCCACAUCUGGCUCUGUGACCUGCCCGCCGCCUCUCUCAAUGACCAGUUGCCCCAGCACACAUUUCGCGUCAUCUGGACAGCAAGUGAUGCCCAGAAGGAGUGCGUGCUCUUCAAAGGCCACCAGGAGUGCUGGUGCCGAGACUCAGCCACUGAGGAGCAGCUAUUCAGGUGUGAGCUGUCGGUGGAAAAGUCCACAGUGCUACAGUCUGAGCUUGAGUCCUGUAAGGAGCUACAGGAGCUGGAACCUGAGAAUAAAUGGUGCCUGCUGACCAUCAUCCUGCUGAUGCGGGCCCUGGACCCCCUCCUCUAUGAGAAGGAGACGCUGCAAUACUUCCACACCCUCAAAGCUGUGGACCCCAUGAGAGCAGCCUACUUGGAUGACCUGCGCAGCAAGUUCCUGCUGGAAAACAGUGUCCUCAGGAUGGAGUACGCGGACGUGCGUGUGGUGUACCUGGCCCACAAGGAUCUGACAGUGCUCUGCCAUCUGGAGCAGCUGCUCUUGGUCACUCAUCUUGACCUGUCACAUAAUCGUCUCCGAGCUCUGCCCCCAGCCCUAGGUGCUCUGCGCUGUCUUGAGGUGCUGCAGGCCAGUGAUAACGCCCUAGAGUCCUUGGAUGGCGUGGCUAACCUUCCCCGGUUACAGGAGCUGUUGCUAUGCAAUAACCGUAUCCUUCUGUCUGUUUGCGGACAGCUCAGAGGGAAACGGGAGGUUAGAGCUCCUCUGACCCACGUUCCACUUCUAAGCCCCUUGUGAGUAGUAAGUGCCACUUGACGGCCGCCGUCCACAUCUCCUGAUGAUCCCACAAGGACCUGCUUCCCACAGCCCCCUCUUUAGCCGCCGUUUACAAUCUGCUAAGAGCUGUAUUUUCUCCAGGAACACGAGUAAGAGACCAUCAAACGUGCUUCCAAGCAGCAGCCUCCAGUUUUGGG